CAAAAACUUCACAGUCCUUUGUAUUUCGCCUUCUCUGUGUGCUACGUUGCCAAGCAUUAAAUUAUCUUUAAAAUGGGUUUCUUUUUGAUGGCCGUUACUUGUCUUAUUGCAACAGCAAGCGCCUUUCCAACAUAUGGCAGUGGAAGAGCAAAUAAUGGCAAUAAUGGCAACAACAAUGCAGCCAUUAACAUGCUGCCUGUGAAUCUGGGACUAAACACUGGAGCAGUGAAUACAAUGCCCGCUAAUAUGAAUGUAGCCGCCGUGAAUAUGAUGGCGACUAACAUGGGCAAUAACUUGGCAAUGCCAGGUAAUAUGGGACUGAACAACGCUUUAAACGUCAGACCAGGAAAUAUUGGUGUAAAUAUGAUGCCAGCCAAUAUUGGUAUCAAUAUGAACACAAUACCAGCUAACAUGAAUAAUGCUUUAAACAUGAUGAUGGCAGCUAAUAUGGGCAACAACAACAAUGGAGCCAUUAAUGCCAAUAUGAUGAACGCUGCGAACAUGAUGAUGGUGAAUGGCGUAAAUAAUGGAGCUAUGGGCAAUAUAAUGACCCCAAACAACAUUGGAAAUAUAAUGGGACUUAAUACCAAUGCUGGUAUGAAUAUGAAAUCCGCCUAUGCAACCUAUUAAACACAAUGCAGAGGUUAGUACCAUCAACGAAAGACCCCAAGGAGCUCGGUUUUAUUCUUCAUAGAUAAUAAAAAUACAUGGCAAUAUUAUA